AUGGGUGGGUUUUUCAUCCUUGCGGAGAUUCUUAAGAAUGAAAAAUACAGAGAAGAAAUGAAACAGAAAAUCAAAGAUGUGUCUGAAAGGGAUAAGCUGCUUCAGGCCAAGGAAUACAAGGAGGGACUUGUUGCUGAACCAGUUCAUACUCGUGUUAAAGGCCACGCAUCAGCCCCUUACUACGGGAAGAAGGAGCCUUCACAAGAUCCAACAAGCACCGCGAGCACCUUUCAGCCAGGCUCCUGGAUGCCACCAGGCAGCGGUAGUAGCCAUAAUAAAUAA